GAGCCCUGCGGACCUCUCGAUCGCGCGGGCUGCUCUAUGGUGAACUGCCCUGGCCUGGCUACGGUGCAGGCUAACCGAAACUCGCUGACGGAAAGCUGCUCUGUGUGCUUGCAGUGGUUGUAGGUGCGCAAAGUGAGUUGGCGUUGGCACAUGUUCUUGGUGGAGCACACAAGAGCAGGUUUCCAGGCCGUUGCAGGCCUUGGAGCACGCUCAGGCACUCUGCAUGUGGAGCGCGGGACCUUUUCCUCGUAGAAUCACUGCUAUAAAACUUCCUGCCUCUUCACCGUUUGAAUUCACUCUGUGACACUCACAAGGCAUGGCAAAGUCCCUGAGCGCAUGCCCUGGGUGUGGUAUGAGUGUUGCAACGACCCCCCUUGCAACCGCAAAAACACUGCGGAAGGGCGCCAAUUGCAAGGGAGCUGGGGUUCCCUUCGCAGAGGCUUCUGUGCUGCCAGGCCGUUGGGGCGCUCAUGCCCCAAGUGCUUAUGCCCCAAGUGCUUAUGCCUCAGGAACUUUCAUUUGCAAAGUGAGCAGCCUCUUGCUCGCCACACGCAGCGCUGUAGCCUUCAGGAACAAUGCUGAUCAGAGGCUCGAGUUGACAUCUUCAGCGUCACGUCGCCCCAACAUCGAUGGGUUGGACACACAGGUCAGAGCAGCUCCACCAAAAGGCUGGAAAGCUCAGCAGCAAAGAUACUCAAGGGGACGGGUUGUUUGCGCUGCAAGCAAUGGAGUGGGGGGACAGGCCAGCGCCAGGCUGGUUACGUUCCUAGGCAAGGGCGGGUCGGGGAAGACGACGGCCGCAGUGCUCCUGGCCAAAGCGUACGCGGCGGAAGGCAAGAGGACGGUGCUGGUCGUGCAAGGGCAGGACCGAGUUGCGGAGGCUCUUCUGGGCCGCAAGCUCCCGACCGCUCCUGAGCCAGAGACGCCAGGCAGCGCUUUGAGCGUGGUGCGCCUUGAGUCAACGAAGAUGCUCCUGGAGCCCUUAGUGCAGCUGAAGAAGUUGGAUGCUCGACUUGGGUUUAGCAGCGGAGCCCUUCAAGAGGUGGUCGGAGAGGAGCUGAGCAUACUUCCUAGUAUGGACACUCUUUUGGCGGCUGGUGCGCUAGAGCGGCUGACGAACGUGACCGGGAUUCUGAACCGGCAGCCGACCGGGACCACGUGGGACGCCGCCGGCAAGUAUGACGUCAUCGUGUACGACGGGCCGAGCAACCAGGACAUUUUGCGCUUGUUCGGGGCGGCGGAGAGGGCGAGGUGGUACCUUUCCCGCUUCCGCCGCCUCGCCGAAAAGACUGACGCCGGACGAGUGCUGCUGCCGUCCGCUGCGAGGGCCGUUGACACCGUGCUCAACGGCGGCUCCUCCGGUGGGGGCGAAAGCACUUCGACCGCCGGAGUGUGGAGCGCCACUGAGAGGGUGCUCGACGGGGCUGCGCAGUACUUCAUGAACUCUGACAAGUUUACCGCGUUCCUAGUGUCAAAGCAAGGCUCCAAGACCGACCUCGCCACGGCGCGCCGCCUCUGGGGCUGCGCCGCGCAAGCCGGGAUCUUUGUGGGGGGGCUGCUGUUCUCUCCUGGGGGUGCCUCAGCAGCCACCCCCCCGGAAGACUUCUCGCCGCUCCAGUCGCUGACCUUGCCAGCUUCGGACGAGUCGGUGGGAGACGUUUCCGGGCUUGGGGGGGACGUGGCGGGAAUCGUAAGGGCGGCAGCUUCGAGUACCCCGGCGCCGAGGAUAGACCAACAAGCCGGGACGGUAGCACUGUUCCUUCCUGGGUUUGAAAAAACGGAGAUCAAGUUGAGCCAAUACCAAAAAGGUGCAGAGCUUCUGGUUGAGGCGGGGGACCAGCGCCGGAGUAUAAGCCUUCCGCCAGGUAUGCGCGGGAAAGUUAGUGGAGCGAAGUUUUCAAAAGGUUUCCUUACAGUUACCCUAAAACCGGAGGUCGCAAAGGUCUGAGCUUCUUACUGCGCAAGUCAACCCUCUGCAUGCAUAGCCCGCGAGUUGUCUGUUACUAACUCCUUGGCAACCUGAGUCGGUCAACAUCAAACGUUUCAAAACACGCCGGCCAUGUUGCAGUGUGAACUGCACUUCAACUGUUGUGCCAAUUGAUCACAGCUCA